AUGGAAGACGGAGAACCUUCAAAUACAGGCAUGGAAGAUGGAGAAGCUUCAAAUAACCUUUCGAAAAAACUACCAAAAAGAGUCCUCGGCGAUGGUUGCUACCCCGUUGGUGCUCGGUUGAACAUAUAUUCAAAGGCCAAUGUAAUUGGCCUCCUUGUCGAGGCGUUAAAGGGUACUGAAGAUCUUGAGAAGCUACUUCAUUCCCAGUUUGGGAAGUUAUUCCAUCUACCUGUUGUAAGAUGUUGCAACAGCGCCAAACUUGUCCAUGCCCUUCUAUCACGACAACUUGUGACCACGAAGAAACACGAGAUUUGGUUCCUCUUUGGUGGACAGCCUCUGAGAUAUUCGAUACGGGAGUUCAAGGAAAUCACUGGAUUGAAUUGCAAUCCCGAACCUGAUAGCACAGAAGAAGAAGAAGAAGUCAGAAAAACAGGAAUCUGGAAAGACCUGUUCGGAAGAGCGAAGGCUAUGAACGUGUAUGAUGUGCUUGAAAUGCUAAAGGAUCUGGAUCUACCCCGAUGGAAACGGCUUCCAUUGGCCCUAAUCGUUCUUGUCGACGGUGUUCUGUUUUGCAAUAGCAAAAAUCUGGCCCUCACCGAGAAAUACGUUGAGAUGUUGAGUGACUUGGAUAGUAUCUCGUUUUCAAGCUCCGAAGGCAUCACGGAUGCCGAGAAAAGGGAGAAUCCUGUAACACGAUUGCGCCGUCAACUUAAACAGAAAACCAGUGUAUGCUAUGGAUUCCCUCUAUCACUACAACUCAUGGCCCUCCAAUCUAUACCAAUGUUGGUUUCCAAAAUUCCUCAACCUGAUAACUUGAAGACAUUCCUUGAAGAUCCCGAAGGCUGUCAAAACGUUAUCACACUGUUGCAUCUUGGGGACAUACAUGCCGUGGAAUCCGACCCUCUGUUGUCUGUGAAACAGAUGGUAGUGGAUGAUGGUGAGAAUGACCAACAGAAUGAAUUGCGUUGGGGAGAUGAGGUAGAGGAUGCCGAAGUUGCAUUCAUGCAGGAACUCAUGGCCGAGGGGUACAAAUUCACACCUUCGGGUUUUGCAGUGGCACCGGCACCUAUCGUGGAUAUUAGUGAUGCAGAGGACGAGAAUACUUUGCUCCUUCGUGAGAUUAAGACCGAGUUGGACAAGAGAUUGGGCGUAUACCAAGAGGACGAAGAAGAUGACGAUGUACACCAGUCAAAAGAAGAUGGGGAACAGGAUGACGAAGGACAGGAUACAAAAAAAGAUGGUGAAAAAGCAGAUGAAGAUGAAGACGAAGCUGAAGAUGGAGGGGCACAGUCUAGCGUACGCCAUAAUGAUGGUGUACACCCCGAAGAUGGUGUACACCAGAAAGAAAGAGAUGAUGAAGAAGGGACCUCUACUUACUACGGCGGGGACCAUUAUUCUCCCAGGGACCAUGCGUACUUGAAGACUCCAGAAGCUCCGACGAUGACCCCUGAACCGGGACAAGCCAAUUCAGGAACAACUCGUCCACCUCUUUACUUCGUCAUUCCGGAUGAAAUUCCACCUUCUGGCCUCAACGAGGUGGAUGGUGGUAGAAAAAAUUUGGUGUCAGGCCCCUUAGUAGUCUACAAACCUCAGACUCCUCACCCAUUGAGCUACGAAUAUAAGAAACAUGAAGCGCAGACAGAUGCGCAGGAUGCACAGGGUGUGGCUAAUGAGGACGACUCAAAUGCGGGGAAAGAUUACCAUACUGCGCCUGAGGAUGCAAGUGAUGCUUCGCAGAAGACCCCUUGUACUCCAAAACCCCCACAAGAAGUUGAGGGAUCGUCUGGUGUAAGGAGAACAAGUGGAGGAACAGGAAGAGGACGAAGAGGUAGAGGAACAGGAAGAGGAGGAAGAAGUAGAGCAAAACGCCAACGUGUACGGUCAGACAAGAUUCGAGAUAUUUCCACCGCUGAUUCAAAGGUGAAAGCUUUAUUUGUAUCCAGAUCGAAAGCUGCGUACAAACCACUCGAAACAGUUGACCAAGAUCACUUCAAGGCAUUUCAGGAGUUAUUAUCACGUGAAAGAAACAUCGACUUUUGCAUUGUCACUGGUCAUACUGUGAACAAUCAAUUCUUCCUACAAAUUGCGAAGCCUACUGAGUGGGUUAACACGAUGCACAUGCAAGUCAUAAUGGCCAUGCUUUGGAGACGUAGAGGUGAAAUAUACUUGAAAGACAGGGGCAUUGUAUUGGGAAAACCAGCAAAGUGGGCUAAUCAGCGGCAGAGGCAAAUGUUUGUACGGUUUGUGGACGUUGUAUACGUCCCCAUGAACUGGGGGUCUGAGCAUUGGGUGGGCCUUGUAAUUGACUUUAAAACGGGCAACAUAAAGAUUUUGGACUCAUUCAUCAGUCAUAAUGAUGAAGCGGCUGUGGAGCAGUAUAUGGCGCCCGUGUGUCAAAGUAUGCCAUUUAUAUUGAAGCGUUAUUUGGAUAGCAAAUUAACGGAAGGCCUACGCACCACCCCUUACACAUGGAGUCGUUUGGAGGGCAUAUAUCAGAACAAAAGAUCCGGUGACUGUGGUCCAUGUGCGGCGAAAUUCUUAGAGAUGCAUGCUGCAGGCCUUGGAGUGGAGGAUAUGGGUUUGAUAACGGACGAUGACGUUGACAGGUUAAGGGAGAAAUACGCCAUGGACUCAUACGAAGAGUUUGUCGGGAAUCCGGCUAUUGCCAACGCUUAG